UGGAAAGUUUCGGAAAAGUGAAAACCCUCCCUUCCCAAGUCCAACUUAACCAGCUGCUCCACUUUUCUCUCUCUCUUCCAGCUUCUAGAACUCCCAGUUGAUAGGCAUCAAAAUACACCUUUUCCCCUCUCCUCGUGAUUUGUCUCUACUAUAUUAAGCCCAUCACUGCUACCUGCUUUUUCUUUUUUUCAAUUGUCGUCUCUAAAAGCUGUAAUCUGUCAACAAAGGUUUUUUUCCCCGCUUAAUUGACAGUAAAUUGAACAUGUAGCUGGGUUCGGAAAUAUAGAAAGGGAGAAAAUGAAAGGAAGAAGUUAGGCGGCCGUGUUGAUCUCGUUCAAUUCAAGAUCUACAACCAAGAUCGAUCAGGAAAAGCUCGAGAUUCUGCCGCUUCUGCUGUAACAAUGGAACUCCCGCCCACCAAAAUGGAAACGGAGGAUCCAGCGGGUUUAGGUGACUACGACAGUUACCAAAUGCAAAACCAGUUCGUGUAUUCUUCCGGCGAUCACUUCAGCUUCGACUCAUUGUUCAUGCACGAAAGGUGUUCGAUAAAUGGCCACACCGAGCAGAAUAAUAUGAUCAACCCAGACAACGUCUCCACCGUCAACUAUGCAUCUACUGCAACUGGCAGCUUCGGAAGGCCACCAGAGCAGCGAAACCCCACCGAGUUACCGACUUGGGAUCAUUCCGCAGCGAGUUUGAAGCCCUCGCAUUCUCCUCCUCCGUCUUCUUCCCGCAUUAUUUCUUUCGGAAACUCGCUUUCUCCUCCAACCCGCCCAGCUGUGAAGUCGGAAACUGCUGCUGAUUAUAGAACCGAAGAUGGAGUGAUGGCCGAAUUUGACGAUUACUACCCAUAUUUGAACUCGGAUGCUGCCUUAGAUGGAGAGACCAAAAGGGCAGCUGGUGGAAGUAGUAGCAGCAGCAGCAGCAGGAGUAGGAGCGUUGCUCAUGCGCAAGACCAUGUGAUUGCUGAAAGGAAACGGCGCGAGAAGCUCAGUCAGCGCUUCAUCGCGCUUUCGGCUCUUGUUCCUGGCCUCAAGAAGAUGGAUAAGGCAUCUGUGCUAGGAGAUGCUACCAAGUACUUGCAGCAUCUUCAGGAGCGCGUCAAGUCGUUGGAGGAGCAAACUGCAGGGAAGGAAGCUAUGGAGAGCGUUCUGUUCGUGAAGAAAUCGCAGGUCCACGUAGAGGACGAGUAUUCUUCUUCUUCUUCAGCUGGUCGGCCGUCGAGUAAUCAUGAGUCGCCACUUCCGGAGAUCGAAGCAAGAGUGUCGGAUGGACACGUUCUGAUCAGGAUCCACUGCGAGAGGCAGAAAGGAAGCUUGUCCAAAGUGCUAGCCGAAAUCGAGAAGCAUCGUUUGAAUGUCGUCAAUAGCACGGUGCUGCCUUUCGGAAGUUCCAUUCUUGAUAUCACACUUGUGGCUCAUCAGAUGGACGGCAGCGAUUCGGCUACGACAAUGAGGGAUCUUGUGAAGAGUCUGCACCGAGUUGUACGUUAAGUUCCGAUGACAAAAGUUGCUGUUGCU